CUUUGCGAACGCCUUGACUUUCAACGUCACAGUCAGAUUUCAUCCGGAAUAAGUUCUGCGUUACACUCUUCUCUCAAGUUUCUCACAUGCUCGCUCGUGCCACGGCCACAGUACCCCCCAAACUCAGCAGCUUCUUCCGAAUAUAUCGAGCGACGACGAGCUAUACACUCACGCGAGCAUUCGCGAAAGCAGCACCCACAAUGGCUACAGCCGACAAUGCCUUCGCUGUGCAAGAGGCUGCCAAACAUGCGACUGCGAUAGUCGAGGGCGCUAAGAGGAAGGCGGCAUUCAAGGCUGUAGAAGAGCACUUCCGGUCAGACAUGCAGUUUGUGGGUAUCGGUUCAGGCAGUACAAUUGUAUACGGCGUGGAAGCUAUCAAGGCGCAUCUGGAGAAGAACCCACCCCCACCAGGGCAUAGGAAUUGGUUUGUGCCAACAGGAUGGAACAGCAAGAAAGUCAUAGAACAAUUUGGUCUGGACCCAUUGGCCUUUGACUCAAUUCCUGCAAAUGCUCAGCUUGAGGUGGCUUUCGAUGGCGCAGAUGAGGUCGAUGAGGAUUUGAACUGCAUCAAAGGUGGUGGAGCAUGUCUCUUCCAGGAAAAGCUGGUCGCGAAAAUGGCGAAGAAGUUCAUUUGCAUAGCGGACUACCGCAAGGACCAAACGCGACUGAUCACGAAGUGGCCAUCGAUCCCCAUUGAGAUAGCCCCAAUUGCUCACGCCUACGUAAUGCAAGAGCUGCUCCACAUCGGAUCCAUCAAGCCCAUUUUGCGUGAGCAUACUCUCUCCAAGACCGGACCUGUGCAGACCGACCAGAGCUUCUACAUCAUCGAUGCACCAUUCAAGACUCUGCUCACGAAGGCGGAUGUGGUUGCAGGGAGAGGCAAAGGUGAUGGAACCGACGGCGUCUGGGAAGUCGAUGCUCUCGCGGCACGGAUAAGAGCUAUCGAGGGCGUUCUUGAGGUUGGGUUGUUUCAUGGCGAGAACGGCUUCCAAGCACAAGCGAAUGGCCGAAGAGGUGGCCAGAAGCCUGUGGCUGUCUACUUCGGUCUUGAGAACGGUGAUGUGCAAGUCAAGAGGUCGCGCGAGUUGCUGGCUGAGAUUGAGAAGAGCGGACGAUAGGGCACUCCUCAGCCUCAGCAGAGAUUGAGUCGUGAACUCUGUGUACAAUUCCAAAGCAGGAUUCAAACUCCUGAAAUCGAUUCUCACUCGCGCUUUGACGCGAAGCAGCGUGAUCUUCAAUUUCCCCACAGCCACAGGUUCUUGGAACGCGGGGUGAUCGCCGAACCGUCCGGCUUCUCCACUUCCAGAGGGCGACCUCCUCGUUCUGGACAAGCUCUGCACACUCUAUUCCUUCGCACGUCCCUGGCCAAGCGUUUGUCCAGUGAGAAGACGCGUGAUCUGGUCUGACACGAUGCGCG